AUGGGAGGAACCAAAGUGACAUAUGCCAUUGGCUACACCAAUGUGUCGAGCCUUCAGGUCGAUAUCCGCAACAUGAGGCUUCGAGCAAAGCGACUGCGAUCGGAAGGAAACGAGAUUUCUUCAGCACGAUUGGGGAUCGAGUGUGCCGAGCUAUUGAUCGAGUAUGCUGAUCAGCCUGACAGCGACCUGAGCGAGGCCAAGCAAGAGGAGCAUCGAGAGAACAACCUCAGCAAAGCUAUCAAAUAUGCCAAAGACGGAUACGAGGUCUUAAUAAGGGUCAACAACCCAUAUCGUGACACAAUCAAAGCACUUGAGCUCAUGACGGAUGCCUAUCGCCGGCUCAAGAAUUACGAUGAAGCCAUCCAAUCGAACAAGACGCUGAUCCAUCGUCUACGAGAUAUGAACGAUGUGUUGGAGCUGCGAAAUGCUACCAGAACUCUGGGCGACAUUUACUUUGAACGAGGACACGAACCUGAUUCGGCCAAGUACAAUGACUUUGAGAAUGCACGCGUUUAUUAUCUCCAAGAACGAAAUAUUUUGGAUCAACUCGAUCCGGAUACCGAAGGAUACCCGACAAUGAAGGUCUCUCUCGAUUUCAAUUUGGGUGUGAUCGAAGCCAAGUUUGUUGAAGGUCUCGACCGUGGUAAAGAAUACCUUCUCGAUGCUAUCAAAGGAGCCCAUCAGCUUGGUGAUUAUGAGCAAGAACGAAAGGCGUGGUGGGAGCUUGGCAAUAUAUGCAAAAAGAAUGGUGAUUUCGAGCGUGCAAUACGUUGUCAAGAAAAAGAGCUCCAUCUUGUCGAGAAGCACAGCAACACGGAUGAAAAGAUCCUUUGCCUUAUCGAAAUGGUCAAGACGUACCUGGAGUAUGGUGAUUUUGAUGAGUGCUUGAAAUGUUGCAAUCAGCUCAAUCAGUUGGUCGAUAGCGAGGAGGAUGAGAAUGAAGCAACAAGCUCCACAAAACUGGUAGUAGCCAGCAAAAGCAUCAAAGAUCAACUGGAUGAAUUACCGGGUGUGAUUGAUUUGUCUACUGUCAAUGUUCGGGGGAACCUUUACUUCAAAAAGGCUCGUAUCGAGUUUGAGCAUUUCAUGUACAAGAUGGCGCUGGCGUCUACUGAAAAAGGCAUCCACUGUAUUGAUCAAGACCCAAGUAUCAAGAAACAACUUCCUCGGCUACGCAUUGCAUUGAUGCAGCUACAGGCUGAGUUAGCAUGGCGUCUACGCGAAUUGUCCGUAGAUGAAUUGAUUGCUCUCAACAAUGAAAUCCUCGUGGAGAUCAAGAUUUAUUUUACCGACUUGACCCAGCGAUUACACCAGCUACAAGUUGUGUAUGAGCGAAUGACGCAAAUAUACUACUACUUUGAGCGGAAGGAUGAUUACCACCAGUGGUCAGAGUUACUGAAGGAGCUGGAGAAGAAUUAUCAGGAGGAUACGCUAGACGAUGAAGACGAGAGUGCACACAUGGAUUAUUGGAGCACAACAUCCUUUGAUUAUGCGGUGGACACCAAAACGAUUCCUGGAUUUAUGGUAUCAGAAAGCAACAAGUCCAAGUCCUUGAUGGAAGUUACUGUCAUGAUACCAGUGGAUGGCGAAAACAAGGGCGUAAAAGUACCAAUUGAUAACGACAUACGCAAUAUUGGGUGGCUGAUGGCCAAGGUGACCGAGCUGGCUUGGGAACAAUAUGGUGUUGAGCCUCGUGUGAAUCGUUUACAAGUUGGGUCAAGUGCUCUUUCUCCUCAUGAAAUCAUUGUUUUGGCGAUUAACCAAGAUAUGGAAAUGGAGGCAGUGGUUGAUGGCUAUGUCAAAAAGACCCCUGUUGAGAUAUAUCAGAAUGUAUGCACACGAUUAGGAUUACCAUCUUUGACCACUGUGGAGAGUGCGUUGCGGGAUCACCAGGGUGGCGUUCUCAAGCUAUCGGGUGCCGGGUUAUCAUCACGUGAUGUCGCUGCCAUUACUCAAGUGCUCAAACGCAUCCCACCUUUGAAUACCCUGGAUCUUUCUGCCAAUCUAUUUUAUGACCAAGACGUUAUCGACAUACUCACAUCAACACCCGGCAUACAGCAUCUCGACCUCAAAUCGAAUCGAUUGACACACAACCUUAUCCCACUGCUUGAUUGCCGCAGCCUCUUAUCGCUGGAUCUCAGUUUUAAUCCACUAGGACCGGAGUCAUUAGCCAAGCUUCCCCAAGGACUGGAAAUGUGGCCCGCCAUUAAAAAGAUCAAGUUCGUCUAUUGCGACAUUGGGGGUUAUAUCCGCAUCACUGAUGAAAUCCAAGCCAGCUAUGACAAUGCAGGAUCGAAUCCACGAGAAGAUAUUUCGAUCGAUUUAACGGAUAAUGCUUUUAGUAAUUUGAUGCGUGCCCAUUGGCAGCCGUUGUUGGAGAAACUUGUGUGUCAUAGUAAUCAGAUUGAAAUGCUUUUCUCGGUGUUUUCAAGGAUACCAUUACGUGUGUAUGCCAUUGUAGCAGAGAUCCUACUCGUGCUUUCGAGCGCAGCCUUGAUGGCUGUAGAUCUCACGUAUGGAGGAGUGACACCUUAUCGAGUACGAUAUGUCGAUAUAUAUGUCUAUGCGGCCAUUGCCGGUGUGAUUGGCUUAUGGACAUUAGUCUAUGGUCUUUAUUUCACAUUGAGGGCCAACAGACACGGGAUCCGGAUGUAUCUUUAUUUCCUUAUAUGCCUCGUUGCUCUAAGCAUUAUUAUUGGUAUCAUCCAUAUCAUAUUGACAUUUACGCUAUAUCGGAAUAGUAUUAUUCAUAACUGCGUGGAUGAUACUACCAAUGGGCUGUUCUGGUGGUCGUUUGGCUAUGAAUUUGACAGCGAGGUCGCACAUGUGGUGGACCUGUGCACGAAGCUCUGGGCGCGGUAUACAGUGCAACGUACUCUCACAUGGGCUGUGUAUAGCAUUGUCAUUGUUUUUGCAGCUUGGUUUGUGAACCGCUACUACAGAUCAUUGGAAAGGCGAGCCUUAAUCGAGUACGAAGAUUAUCAAAACAGCGAUGGCGAGGAUAGAGAAACGAAGAUGGUGGGUCCAGAGACGAAGUUAGUUAUACAUGAAGCAAACGAUGACCACGACCACGACGAUGAUGAUGAUGAUGACCAAGAACAACCUCCCAAUUAUGAGGAUGUGGCCAAUGUCCAACAUGAGCAACGACAACGUUUAUAUGAUGAAAUCCACAAAGUGCAUAAUAGACGGCGUACAGAAGCUAGUGUCCAUCCAUUGGAUCCUCCAUCUGCCACUCAUCAACGACCCACGUCCAUCUACGGCAGUGGCGUGAAUACACAACAAGGCACUACCCAACCGCGUCCUAGUGAAUGUUCCGAGAAAUUGGAUUACAAUUGGUAUCGCUCUCAGCAAACAUUACGACGACCUUCUAAUUUGGUGGAUGAAGAUCUUGGUUUGGCUGACACAGGCGCUGAAUCUAGACGUCGACCCACAUCUUGGCGUAAGCAAUCUUCAGACAAAACGGCACAAUGA